AUGGACAUCACCACCUGGAUGACCAACCACACAGGAUGGCCAGAUUUCAUGCUGGUGGGACUCUUCAGGCAAUCCCAACACCCAGCUCUGCUUUGUGUGGUCAUUUUUCUGGUUUUCCUGAUGGCCUUGUCUGGAAAUGCUGUCCUGAUCAUCCUGAUACACUCCAGUGCCAAACUCCACACCCCAAUGUACUUCUUCAUCAGUCAGCUCUCCCUCAUGGACAUGAUGUCCAUCUCCAUCACUGUGCCCAAGAUGCUCCUGGACCAGGUGCUAGGUGUGAGUACCAUUUCUGUCCCUGAAUGUGGGGUACAGAUGUUCCUCUACUUGACACUAGUAGGUUCUGAGUUUUUCCUUCUGGCAGCCAUGGCCUAUGACCGCUACAUGGCCAUCUGCCAUCCACUUCGCUAUCCAGUCCUCAUUAACCAUAGAGUGGUGUGUCUCCUCCUGGCAUCUGGCUGCUGGUUCCUGGGAUCAGUGGAUGGCUUCAUGCUGACUCCUGUCACCAUGACCUUCCCAUUCUGCAGAUCCCGGGAGAUCCAGCACUUCUUCUGUGAAGUUCCUGCUGUGAUGAAGCUCUCCUGCUCAGACACCUCGCUCUAUGAGACACUCAUGUACCUGUGCUGUGUCCUCAUGCUCCUCAUCCCUGUGACAGUCAUUUCAGGCUCCUAUUCCUGCAUCCUCCUCAACAUCCACAGGAUGAACUCAGCAGAGGGCAGGAGGAAGGCCCUG